AGCUAACAAGUUGUGUAAGGGCACUUAGUAACAGCAAUCCUGUUUGCACUGAAAAAAGUGGCUUAUCAAUUGGUAAACCGCUGACUGAUUCCAAAGGAUUGCAUGGAACUACAGAGAGUUAGCAUGGAUCACGACGGUGACAGCUGCAGUGGAAUAAGCACUGAUGAGAGUUGUUACAAAGAAAUGGAUUCUGAAAGAGUUACUAUAAGCAGUCAGUAUCCUGGUGAAGAAGAUGAAGAAAGUCAAAAGUUUCUUACCAAUGGACUUAGAAAGAAAAGCUUAGAAGAAUAUACUGAAGAGCAUCACCCUGGAACCACUUCAUUUGGAAUGUCAGUAUUUAACCUAAGCAAUGCCAUAAUGGGCAGUGGGAUUCUGGGCCUCUCCUAUGCCAUGGCAAACACUGGAAUAAUACUUUUUAUGCUUCUUCUUUUGGGAGUUGCAGUGUUAUCACUGUAUUCUGUUCAUCUUUUAUUGAAGACAGCAAAGGAAGGAGGUUCACUUAUAUAUGAAAAAUUAGGUGAAAAGGCAUUUGGGUGGGCAGGAAAAAUUGCAGCCUUUUCAUCGAUCACAAUGCAGAACAUUGGAGCAAUGUCCAGCUAUUUAUUUAUUAUAAAGUAUGAACUCCCUGAAGUCAUCCGAACCUUUAUGAGAAUUGAUGAAGAUUCUGGGGAGUGGUACCUAAAUGGAAACUACCUUGUCAUAUUAGUGUCUGUUGGGAUUAUCCUUCCACUAUCACUCCUAAAAAAUUUAGGUUACCUUGGUUAUACAAGUGGAUUUUCUCUAACUUGCAUGGUGUUUUUCGUAUCUGUGGUUAUUUAUAAAAAAACUCAAAUUCCUUGCCCUUUGCCACUUUUGGGUCAUAAUCUUGGAAACAUGACAAGCAACCAUACUUAUUACAUGUAUCCAAUGAUGAUAGAGAAUAACACCGUUGUGGCUGGAGUCAAUUUGAUGCUAGAAGAUACGAAAGGACAGCAAACCGGAUAUGAAGGCCACAACAUACAAAAGCACAGUAGUGAUGUGGAAUAUGAAGCCAGCAAUGAUAACUGCCAACCAAAGUAUUUUGUGUUUAAUUCACAGACUGCCUAUGCCAUCCCUAUUUUGGCAUUUGCUUUUGUGUGUCAUCCGGAAGUCUUACCAAUUUACAGUGAACUCAGAAGGCGUUCACGAAGGAGUAUGCAGAAUGUUGCAAAUGUAUCCAUAGCUGCCAUGUUGACAAUGUAUCUCUUUGCAGCGCUCUUUGGUUACCUAACAUUUUUCGGAGAAGUCAAUGAUGAAUUGCUUCACACUUACAUAAAAGUCUACAGAUUUGACACUCUUCUGCUGUGUGUUCGCAUAGCAGUUCUUGUAGCAGUAACAUUGACAGUUCCUAUUGUUCUUUUCCCAAUCCGCUCAUCAGUCAUCACAAUGUUAUUUCCUGGGAAGCCCUUCAAUUUAUUAAGGCAUUUCUUGAUUGCAUUAGUAAUACUGGCUUUCAACAACACACUUGUAAUUUUUGUGCCAACCAUUAAAGAUAUCUUUGGAUUCAUUGGUGCUUCGGCUGCAACAAUGUUAAUAUUUAUACUCCCAGCUGCUUUUUACCUGAGAAUAGUGAAAAAGGAAUCUCUCCUCUCACCUCAGAAAAUUGGGGCCCUGGUUUUCCUUAUAGUUGGCUUCGUAUUUAUGAUCGGAAGCAUGACCCUUCUUGUAUUUGACUGGAUCCAAAACCCACCAUCAUCCAAGCAGCAUUAAUUAUCUGCACUUUAUUGAAUACGUCCUUGCUGGUGUGGCUGGAUUCCCUUUAUGCUUUUUUUUAUACCAUUGAAGGCAACUGAAAAGGAAUUGUCCCAUCUGGAAUGCUAAAUAUUGGAAUUGCUUUUCUUGUGGUUGCUAUUUAUGUUUUGAGAUGUAUGAACUAUUCGUAGAAAGAGUUGCUGAUAAUGUACAUUUUACGCUUACUGGAAAAUGUUAGCAGCCACAAAUAGCAAUGUUUUCAAAGGUAGUUUUCCACUGCAAAAUUAAUUUAUCUGAUUUAGGGUAAGGUCAGGCAGGUCACUGCUUUAGUAUGUUUCCCAUAAUUUCUUUCUUCAUUCCUGUGACGAGCUGCAGUUGAGCUGAAUUUACUCACAGUAUCAUAUAUAAAAGGAAUAAGAAAAGAGGCUUGCCAACAGAGAUACAAACUGAAAAGUCAUAACUGAUAUAUUGGGUAGACGUCUAAACUUUUAAUGUUGUAUGUACAGUAUAUAGCUAUGUUGGCAUUAUAUAUUAACUUGCAUUGGUGCACAUUAGUAUUUACAUAUUCUAGGGGGUAAUAUGUGGUGUAAAGUUGGUAUGAGGAAGGCAGUUCAACAGUAUAUAGAUGGGUUUGGCUAAAAUGCAUGUUUAAUUCAUUGAUAAGGGUCCAAAGAUUAAUUCCAUGUAAUAGUUUAUAUGCUGUCAAUAUUCCUCCUGCUUAAUACAAGGUAAUGCCAUAAAUGUGCCAAUUACUACCAAAAUGCUAAACAACUUUGCAUGCAUUGUGCCUUACCUCCAUAUAUUUGGUGUAUGCCUUCAGCUCCUAUGCCUUUGUAUCCUACCUCCAGAAAACUAAACCUUGGUUCCUAAGCCUUUGAGUUCCUACCUCUAUAUAAACAAGAUGCUAUACAGAAAUAUGCUGUCUGCACAAAAACUAUAAGACAUGUAUUAAAGGGCAAGUCAACUCCACACUAAUGGACAGAUUUAGCAAAGGUCGAAUUUCGAUUUUAUGCGAUUCUCUUUUACUCAAAUUAUUAUAUACUCAAAACUUUAAUGGGAGGUUAUUUAAGAAACAAUUUGAAAGUCUAAUAUUCUAAUCAAAUAUUGAUGUUUCCAUGGUCGAGGCAUGAUAAAUCUCACAUUCAAAUUUACAUUAGAUAGAUAGAUAGAUAGAUAGAUA